AUGGUAGCCUGGAGUAGAAGCGGCCACGGCCGCAUCGUGAACGGCGAACCUGCCGUCAUAACAGAUUACCCCUGGGUACUCGCCACAGAGUUCCUGGUCAGACAUGCGUGCGGCGGCUCCAUAAUCAGCACGACGUGGGCGAUGUCUGCCGACCACUGCUUCUAUGACGACGUCAACAAGACGUCGCUGCGGGCCGGAUCGACACUUUCUGAACCGUUCCCGGUGGGAUCGAACGUCCAGAUCGUCAACCUGCCUUCUAAAAUCGGAUACGAGGCCCCUGCAGGCCUCCCUGUUACUGUCGUCGGCUGGGGCUUGGACGGCGACGGUGCCAUCAACAAGAGCCCCUGCAACGGUGACUCCGGGAGUCCGCUAGUGUUCGGAAGCGUGCAGGUCGGCAUCGCGUCCUGGUGGGACGAGAACUGCGAGUACCCGCAGGCGGUGUACACCAGCGUAGGCUUCUUGCGUCUCUGGAUCCAAAAUCAAAUUAGAGACUAA